CGUCAUCAGACUGAUUCUGCUAGUUUUGGAGGAAGAGGAAGAAGACAUGGCCGCAAGGUUACUGUUGAGAUCUGCCGUACGGGCCGCAACGACCUGUCGGGCAUCUCCCGUGGCCGCUAUAAGCAGAGGGAUGGCCGCCGGAGGUAUUCCCACUGAUGAGGAACAGGCCACUGGACUUGAGAAGAAGAUUAUGCACGCCCUGAAAACAGGCUCCGAUCCGUACAAUAUGCUGAAGCCCAAAGAGUAUGCUGGAUCAAAUUCAGACCCCCACCUUGUACCUUCAGUAACCAACAAAAGAGUUGUCGGCUGUGUCUGUGAGGAAGACAACACAGCUGUGGUGUGGUUCUGGCUGCAUGAAGGUGAACCCCAGCGCUGUCCCUCAUGCGGUGCUCAUUACAAGCUGGUUCCUCAUGAGCUGCCUCACUGAGCCCGCUGACUCGCAUAUCAGAAUUCCAGAGACAUUGUGACCUCAUUCACAUUUGUCUUUUUGCAAAGAAGCACAGGAGAUAUAAACAAUCUUUCCUCCUGCUGUGGGACACAAAAUUCUAACAAUUCCUAAAAACAACAGUUUAUGUAAAUUAUAUGAGUGUACAUUUUUCACUCAGUCCAGUUACACCUAAUAAACAUGCUUGCUCUGA